GGAGCGGCGGCCGAUGCUCUCGUCGCCAUGUCCCUGCAGGCUGAUUUUAACAAAAUUGCAGAAGAUGUGAGGAAGCUGAAAGCAAGACCAGAUGAUGAAGAACUGAAAGAACUCUAUGGGCUCUACAAACAAUCCGUGGUUGGAGACAUUAAUAUUGAGUGUCCAGGAAUGUUAGAUUUAAAAGGCAAAGCUAAAUGGGAAGCGUGGAACCUCCAAAAAGGGCUGUCGAAGGAAGAUGCCAUGAGUGCCUAUAUUUCUAAAGCAAAAGAGCUGAUAGAAAAAUAUGGAAUUUAAAAUUCAGCUAUGAGAAAGUUUUCCUUUUGAAGUCUUCAUAAUGGUAUCAUGACCUACCUAGGGAAGAAAUGCACCGUUAACUCUUUACACAUCAUGAAUAUGUUUGCUGUUAACAUGAAUUGUAGUCCUUAAUUAGAGGUAUGCUGAAACUAUAAAUUUAAUGGAAUUUUACUUGCUAAAAUCAGGUAAUUUUAAAAGUUCUUUUAAAAAAAAAACAUUGAUAGAGCACGUGGGUGGCUCAGUCAGUUAAGUGUCUGCCUUUGGCUCAGGUCGUGAACCCAGGGUCCUGGGAUUAUGUCCUGCAUGGGGCACCCUGCUCAGCGGGAAGUCUGCUUCUCCCUUUCCAUCUGCUCCUCACCCUUGCUCAUAUUCUCAAUCUCUCUCUCUCUCUCUCAAAAAAUAAAUAAAAUAUUUUUUAAAAAUUAAAAAUAAAACAAUUUAAAAAGUAUUCUUCUGGUAGAAUGCCACAAAAACAUUAACAAUUUUGGGGGGCUUAUCUGUUUUUCUACAGUGAGUUAGUAUUAUUGGUAUGUAAUCAAAACAGUUUAUUAAAAACCAAUAACAAGGCUCUUCCUUUGUUGCAUGGUGUAGCUUUGGGAUUCUCACUGAUGUGGGGCCUUGGUAAUCAUCAUCAUACUGGUUCCAGUCCAUACUCUGUAAUUCUUUACUAGGUGACCUCAGACAAAUUAUUUAACCUUGCUAAGCCCCAUCUAGAGUUGGGGGAAAAAAUCAGUCUCACAGGGUUGUAAGAAUUGAAUGAUUCUUGAGAUAAUUGAGAAUUGAUCAUUGAGGUAACUCUAAUUAUCCUACCUUCAAUUUAAAGCACACAUUAUAUAAAACCUAACAACGAAUAAGCUUCAUUUAAAAAAAAUAAACUUACAAGUCAGUGACUAUUCAGAGAGAGAAAAAAGCCAUCUAUCAAUUAUUUUUCUUUGGAUUUUUCCAUUUAAGACUUCAAAAUUAAAUAUAGUGUCCAGUGAUAAUAAAAUGUACAACUACUGGGCCUCUUAAUAUUGAGUUUUAUCAGAGUAAAAAUGCAGAGUCUGGAAUACACAUUGGCCUCUUUCUUGCUACACACAGGUUCCCUGAAAGAAGAUAGUACUGUUUUAGUGCUUCUAAAAUCUGUCUGAGGGAUCCCUGGGUGGCGCAGUUGUUUGGCGCCUGCCUUUGGCCCAGGGCACGAUCCUGGAGACCCGGGAUCGAGUCCCACGUCAGGCUGCCGGUGCAUGGAGCCUGCUUCUCCCUCUGCCUGUGUCUCUGCCUCUCUCUCUCUCUCUCUGUGUGUGUGUGUGUGACUAUCAUAAAUAAAUAAAAAUUAAAAAAAAAUAAAAUAAAAUCUGUCUGAGAUUACAUAGGAUAAAUAUCCCCCCAAAAAAUACUUCUAUUCCCUGGAUAAAGGUUUGGGUUUGGUACACUAUGACCAAUGAGGGAUAAGUUGAUUUCAUGUGACUUUAUUUUUUUUAAAGAUUAUAUUUAUUUGUUACAGAGAGAGAGAGAGAGAGCACAAGGAGGGGGAGCAUCGGAGGGAGUGGGAGAAGCAAGCUCCACCCUGAGCAAGGAGCUUGAUGCAAGGCUCGAUCCCAGGACUCUGGGAUCAUGACCUGAGCCAAAAGCAGAUGCUUAACUGCCUAAGCCACCCAGGUGUCCCUUCAUGUGACUUAAAAAAAAGUCUAGACUGACUAGAUGCAUUUCCAGGGAAUUAUGCUGAGUGAAAAAAGCCAGUCCAAAAUGUUACACAGUGUGUGUUUCCAUUUAUGUAACUUUCUUGAAAUGGCAAAAUUACAGACAUAGAGAACAGAAUAAUGAUUACUAUAGAGGACAGAGUAGGGAGGUAGGUGUGGCUUUAAAAAGCAGCAGGAGGGACCCCGUUGGAUGGAAUGUUCUGUUCCUUGACUAUCACUGUGAACAUCUGGCUGUAACAUUAUACUGGGGUUUUGCACGUUUCCAUUUGGGGAAACUGGGUAGCUCUGUAUUAUUCUCACAAUAAAAUGUGCAUCUACUGUUAUCUCAAAAUAAAAAGUUUAAU